UAAGACUAGGACCAGGAAAAUUAUAAUUCCGCUUUUAUUACUGAUUUAAAGGAGCUAUUAUAUUUAAUUUUGUGUCAGAUAUUAUGUCAAGUUUUAAAAUUGUGUUGUGCAUCGUGCUGGUGGUCGUGGUGAGCGCGCAACAUCAGCGCAAGUUCCCUCCUGGGUUCAAGUUCGGUGCAGCCACUGCGGCCUACCAGAUAGAGGGAGGAUGGAAUGUUGAUGGUAAGGGCAUGAGCAUCUGGGACACUCGGUUUCGUGGCAACUCGUCGUCCAGCUUCGCGAUCGACGGCAGCACCGGCGACGUGGCCUGCGACAGCUACCACCAGUGGCGGCGCGACGUCGACAUGGCGCAGGAGCUAGGCCUGCAUCACUACCGUUUCUCAGUCUCCUGGUCUCGUAUCCUGCCAACGGGGUUCCCGAACAGGAUCAGCAAGGCCGGCACCAAAUACUACAAUAACAUAAUUAACAGUCUCCUGGCGAGGGGGAUAGAGCCGAUGAUCACCAUCUACCACUUCGACUUGCCGCAGUCCAUUCAGGAUCUGGGAGGUUGGACGAAUCCUCUGAUAGAGCAGUGGUUCGGGGACUACGCGAACGUGGUAUUCGCCCUGUUCAGUGACCGCGUUAAAUACUGGAUCACCAUCAACGAGCCGCUGGUGGUGUGCGACUACAUCUACAAUACCGGCGAGUUCCUCCCGCAGAUCGUGGAGCACGAGCGGGCCGUGUACAUAUGCAAUAAAAACCUGCUGAUGGCUCACGCGAGAGCGUGGAGGAUAUACGACACGAAGUUCCGAAAUAAGUAUAAUGGUAAAGUGUCAAUAGCUAUAAAUCCGUUUUGGAUAGAACCCGCGACUGAGGACGACAAAGAGUUAGCAGUACUUGCGAGAGAGUUUGGGGCUGGAAGAUAUUCCCAUCCUAUAUAUUCCAAAGAUGGUGGUUGGCCACCGAUGGUUGAACAACACAUGCUGAAAUACAGUCGAGAGAAAGGAUACUCACACUCAAUAUUGCCAGCCUUCACAGAUCGGGAAAGAAAAUUCGUACAAGGCACUUCGGACUUCUACAGCCUGAACCACUACACGAGCAAGAUGAUCCGGCCGGCCCGGCCCGGGGAGACUCCCGGAGAGUGGUUCUUCACCGGCAGCCGGGAGCUCAAUGCCGUUCUGGAGAAUGACCCCAAGUGGAAGGCCAGCCCGAUAAGAGUACUAGCAGUUGUGCCCAAAGGACUCCGGCGUCAAGUGGCCUGGUUGAACCAGCACUACGGGAACCUCUCUAUCCUCAUCUCCGAGAACGGCUUCGGCACGUACAGCCCGCAGCUGUACGACGAAGACCGAAUAGAAUUCAUCCGAGAUUACUUGGAUCAGCUUUUGGUGGCCAUAGAGGAAGACGGUGCUAACAUCUUCGCUUACACUGUGUGGUCGCUCAUGGAUAACUACGAAUGGAAUUUAGGGUAUAGGAUGAAGUACGGCCUGUACCGGGUGGACUUCAACGACCCGGAGCGGCGCCGCACCCCCCGCGCCUCCGCCUUCUUCUACCGUGACGUCAUCAAGCACCACGCACUCAACGUGACGUCAACGGAGCGCCUCCGACGUCACUACCGCCCCCUGGUGGUGAACGCUGCGGCUGUCACGGCUGUGGUGCAUUCAAUGUGGUUGAUAGUCGCACUGGUUUUGAUGCAGUUGCAAUGAAAAAUAGUGAUAGAGUCUGGAUGAAUGGGACUUACUUAAUAGUUACUACUUACCGAUAUAUUGUAUAACAGCGAGACCCCAAAUGCUAUUUUUAAACGUGGAGAUUGUUUGCCUCAAAACCUGGACUGGUACUAGCUAUUCAGCUUUUCUGCUGCCAGAAUAAUUCUGUAGCUAUAAGAAGUACUGUUUA